AUGGAAUCGUGUCUGUGGAAUCGCCUUUGUGGAAUCGCUUAUAUGGAAUCGUGUCUGAGGAAUCGUGUCUGUGGAAUCGUGUCUGUGGAAUCGCUUUGGUGGAAUCGUGUCUGUGGAAUCACGUAUGUGGAAUCGUGUCUGCGGAAUCGUGUCUGUGGAAUCGCGUCUGUGAAAUCGCUUAUGUGGAAUCGUGUCUGUGGAAUCGUGCGUGUGGAAUCACGUAUGUGGAAUCGUGUAUGCGGAAUCGUGUCUGUGGAAUCUCGUCUGUGGAAUCGCGUCUCUGAAAUCGCGUCUAUGGAAUCGUGUCUGUGGAAUCGCGUCUGUGGAAUC